CUCUGCCUUCUGAGUCGACUCAAAGGAAGAGGAAGCGGCAGAGCUUGGAGGAUGAAGAUCCCUCCACCUCAUACGAGAGACCCGCCAAACGCUCUCGUGAAGAUUCAUAUAUAAAGGGCCCAAUGCUGGGUCAAGGUGGAUUCGGCUCUGUGUUUGCUGGGACCCGCAGCUCUGAUGGAUUGCCAGUCGCCAUCAAGUACGUCACUAAAGACGAGGAGCACGAGGACACUGAAGUUGAAGGUCAGGGUCUGCUGCCGCUGGAGGUCGCGUUGAUGACCCGGGUCAAUUCGGCUCCUGCGUGUCCCAAUGUCCUGAAGCUGCUGGAGUGGUUUGAACAUCCCGGCCGCUACGUCAUGAUCCUGGAACGCCCGGAUCCUUGCCAGGAUCUCCACAGUUUCUGUGAGGAGAACGGCUGUCUGGAUGAGAGUCAGGCCAAGAAGGUGCUCAUGCAGCUCAUCAACGCUCUCAAACACUGCGAGAGCUGCGGCGUCUUCCACCGGGACGUCAAGCCACAGAACCUGCUCAUUUGCACCGAUACCAACGAGAUCAAGCUGCUGGACUUUGGCUGUGGACACCUCCUGAAGGACUCGGAGUAUAAAGAGUUUGCAGGCACUCUUUCAUUCGCCCCUCCAGAGUGGUUUCGUUCCCACAGCUAUCGUGCAGGACCAGCUACUGCUUGGUCGCUGGGUGUGACGCUGUACCAGCUCCUGUGCGGUUCUCUACCUUUCAGAAGCGCACGGAGGGUUCGCAGACUGCGCUUCCCUAGACACCUGUCUGCAGAUUGCCGUCAGUUGAUCAGAUGGUGUCUUAAAGCAGCAGCGGACGACCGUCCCAGCUUACAGGACAUUGAGCAGCAUCCCUGGUUACAGUCAACAGUGCUACUUAGACUCAGCUGCACACUAUUGUGAUCGGCGCUCGCGACCAGACCUGCUGUCACUGCACUCAAAGGAUAUGCAGCUCUGCACCUGCCAGAUUCGGCCAAAGUGGCAGACUGCAUAAGUUACCUUUUUCCUAACAAAUGAUCUGCUUUGACCUACCUUGGCUCUUGAGUCCUCCUUAAUCUUGUGACAGAAUAAUCUGCCCAAUGAUGGAUGCAGUGAAGGAGAUGCCGAUCCACUCAGCAGUCGAUUUACAGGGAGCUGUGCUGGGCAGACAUGAGGAGGAAAUAUUUGCUACCCGACAUGCUGUGGAGAGCCUGGCAGCUCAAAUCACUGAUCUGACCAACCGA